AUGCGCGAUGCGUGAAAAUCAUUUAUUUUCAUUUUAAAUUCAGAUAAUUUUGUAAUUUUGUUUUCCUUUGAAGCUUUUUGUCAACUUGAUCUUUUCAUGCUGGCACCAUGCACGAAUACACCAGCCCCCGUCGCCAAAAACACCAACCCACCCGUAUCUUCCUGGCCAACACCUUCCUCGCCAACAUCUCCCUGGAUGGCAGCCAUCGCGAUACGAAAUACCGUGCCCUGGUGGAGCUGUACGAGAAGGACACAGCCAGCCUCUCCUCCACCCCCACCUCGCAGGACGAUCUCUCCGCCGCCCCGGACGCCCUGCCACCCUCUGCGCCGCCUCCCACGGGGGCCACCACCCCCGCGUCCCUCCUGCGCCCCCAGUCCCUCGUGGCCAAAGUCAGUCGCCCGCGGCGGGGGGCCGGGGUGCGGCGGAGCAAUUCCAUGCGCUCGGGACACAGUCGCAAGAGCACCUCGUUGAGUUCGUCCUCCCUGGACUCGUUGGAGAGUGAGACGCCCGGGACGACGGAUGAUGAGGAGGGACGGGAUAAGGAGUUCCCGCUGAAGGAGUUUAAGGGGCGACGGGGGCCGGUGCGUAAUCUGCGGGAGGAGUUCGAUCAGGAGCAGGUGCUGGUGGAGGCCAAAGCCAAACGGGCUCGACAACAACAACGCCGGUCUUCCUCGGGAUCGCACUCCAAGUCUGUGAAGACGGAUUUCUUCCUGGGCCGCCGGGAGAAGGCCUCACGCACCAUCAGCGGCAGCAGUGCGGAGUCGGCGCUGGGGCGGGCGGCGACGGUGCCGCGGUCCGGCAGCAUCAGUCCGCCGCCCUCGGCCGGCCUCCCCUUCCUCUCUGCCUCCCCGCCCAUCAUCGAGGCCCGCGAUGACUUCCGCGAGCACGACGUGGUCGUGCCGGUGGAGAUGUCGGUGAGUGACGCACUGGCGCAUCCCGGGGAGAUUCUGGACAAUCAUCGCGGAGUGGUGACGGAAAAGCGAGAAUUCCGCUUUGUCACCACUGUGAAGAAUGAAUGGCCGGUGGGACAGUAUUCCUAUAUUUCCAAGUACAAACUGGAGCCGACCAUCGAAGAAACCAGUGAAAAAGUGGACGUGUCCGGUCGCACGGUGACCUACCAGACCCCGCCCGACUCCUUGAUGCAGCGGUUUAUCUCGCAGUUCACCCGCAACAACUCCAUCAACUCGGUGGCCUCCAGCCGGCCCAGCGCCCCCUCCCCCGACGGCCUGCCCCUGCCGGCCUCCCACCAGCGUCCCACGCCCACCCUGCGCCGUCCCUGGCCCUGGCCGCUCAAAUCUCGCUUGGCCGCCGUCGCCGCUCCGCAUCCGCCGCCCAUCCGUCCACGCCGCGUCAGUGUCGGUGCCACCAGCAUCCACAUCGACACGGAAGCCGAGGCGCUGGAAAAUCUGCUGGGGAUUAAAUUGUCCACGGAUCCCGAGGAUGAUCUGUCAUAUGAGCAUUUGCUGGUUCCGUUGGCGUGGGGCGUGGAUUACAUCGGGGAUCUGACGCAGGAGGAAGCGCAGAACCUGCUGAACACCGGGGAGAUCUCGGUGAUGAACAAGCUGCUGGUGAUGCCGGCGCAUCCCAACUCCUUCGACGAGGCCUUCGCGUUGAGUAAGCUGUGGCGCCGCGAGGUGCACGAGUACCGUCCCAAGUACUGCACCGUGGCCUCGCAGGACUCCAGCCGCUCCUCGCAGGAACAACCGGCCAGGGUGGAACGGCAUUUCAGCGUGGACGCCUACAAACCGGGCGUGCUGGAUGAUCCCGAGUGGGAGAUUGCCGUGCGCCGGCAGAAUGUCUAUCUCGAGUCGUUUUUUAGCUCGGUGAUAUCGAACGAUCUGGAGCCGGAUAAGAAAAAGGACGCACUGAACGAUCUGUUCCGCAGUAAAUUCCCGCAUAUUCAGCUGACAUUCAGCAAGUUCAAGUCGUUGAAGCGCGAUAUGCAGAAAGCCUGCACCGAUCAGCAAAUUCGCCUGGACCUGGCGGUGGUGGCGCUGUCGUAUGUGUACUUUGAGAAGCUGGUGCUGCGGGGCUUCAUCAACAAACCCAACCGGAAGAUCCUGGCCUCCGUCUGCGUGGUGCUGGCUGCCAAGAUGAACGAUCUCUCCAAGGAAGAACACCGCCAACUCUUCCACAGUAUCCAGGCACAGCUGCGCGUCGAACGCACGGAGCUGAACGCCUUCGAGUUCCCGGUGAUGGUGGCACUGGGACUAGACCUGCACGUGCCGCUGCGCUUCGUCCGCUACCACUACGACCGCCUGAUGGCGCACACGCAGACCUUCCUGCCCCCCGUCUACCAGCUGCCCCUCCCCGAUCCCUGUCCCCGCCCCCCGGCCCGCCAGCGCCUCAGCCUCACCCUGCGCCCCAUCCGCCAGAUGACCUUUCCCACCUUCACCACGCCGCCCGCCCACCGGGUGGUCAAUCCGCGCCCGGCACCCAAAAAGACCAAAUAAUGCGGUUUGAGUAUUCUUGGGUGGAGUGUUUUUCCGACGUCUGUGAUUUUCAUACGUUUGUUUUUGUGAUGUCGAGUUUUGUAUUGGUUGUCAUAGAUUUCCGUUCAGCAGAAGAGAUUUUGUGUUUUUUUAGCCCAUGUUUUUAGCGUUUUAUUUUAAGAAUGUCAGGAAAUUUGAUGAAAAUUAAGCGAUGAUGAUAUUGCGGUUAGUAUUGACUUGUUGACGCAAUAAGCAAUAAA